AAAAAGUUGAUAUUAAAAUUUUUGGUGGAUUUUGAGGACACGAAAUAGAAGCAUCUGGAACAAAAGCAAUGCUCUAUAAAUUCUGCUCAUUCAAAAUUUCCUCUCUCAUUCAUUACUGCUUCUCCUCUUCAUUCCUCAUUUUCCGUUCUGUGAAACUUCGACUUCGCGAUAAACAAAAGGGGGCAAAUUCAACGGUCAACGGUCGCCAUCUGAGAAAACCCUAAUCAUCCAUCGAAAGUUCAUCGUUGUAAUCAUAAUUUUAGCUGCUUCCUCUUUAAUCUUUCCUCAAUUUUCACUUUGAUUGCUUUAAUUUUUGCAUCUGAUUGAAUCGAAUUGGGACUUCAUUUGUUCUUAAACUUGCUGAGAACAGGUAGGUUUUAGUGGUCUAUGAUCAAAGAUUAAAAAAUUUCAGUUUUGGUUUUAUAGGAAAUUAAAAAAAUUGGGAAAUAGUUUAGGGUUUGAUUAUGAAAUGUAUGCUAGGGAUCAGAGUGUGAUUUAGGCAAUCAUGACACUUCCUGGAAAUUAGGGUUGCAAAAUUAUGGCGUAAAAAUAGUUAUUAUGUACUGAAGUCUAAAGUUUAGCAAAAUUGUGCUGAUCGUCUAUUUACCUAAGGGUUGGUACAUAUUAUUACUGGGUUUGCAAUGAUUAGCUAUUUCUUUGUGUUUGAUUUGAUCUGCUUAUCUGUAUUGUAAAGAAUUGAAAAAUACUGCACACAUUUACUAAUUAAAUUUUUUUAUUCUGUUGUGUAUUGUACUAGUUUUGUUCGCUAUAUUUGAGACGGAAAUGUCAUGUCAUUCGUGUUUGUAGAAGUGAUAAGCUCUCCUCUUAUAUAUUGGAGGAGGGUUGGGGACUGGGGUGGGCUAACGCGAGAAUUGAGUGAAUGAGUGAUGGUUCAAAUGGGGUAUUUAGUUGUAGUUCACGGCAGUUUUUAUUGUGCGGUUGCUAUCUAAAUGCUUCAUUUUCCUACUGAAAAUUAGAGAGUUCAUGAGAGAUAGUGUACUGUCAGUCAGAUAUUUCCGCUUAGUCUCCCGAACCUCUUUCAUGAGAACUAUGAAGCUUGCUGUUCCAGCAUUGGUAGUUUGAGUUACGGGCCUGUGUAACCAACAUUUGAAGUUCUUUGAAUUUAAACUUGCUAAGUAGGAUUACACCUGAAUCCAUGAAUAAAAACUUCUAUGUUGAGAUUUCUAUCCCCAUUUAGUUUUAUUACUUAAUCCGAGCAAGGUCAAAUAACUCCAAAAUGGAAGCAUUCUACAUGUGUCGUGAUGCAUAGUCCGAUUUCUUCUCUUGCCUCUUCAGAUGCUCCUUUGGAUAUGUUAACUUCUUAGGAUAAGAUCUCAUGACUCUUGAGAUAUAACAAAUAUGGCCCUUUCUCUGAAACUCAACAAAUCUCUUUCAUGCGUUUACAGUCAUCACGGCUUCAUAUUCCUUGAAGCACCUUCUUUGGUUUGUCUUCUCUUUGUAGGUUGUUAGCUACUUCAUAUCUUUUUCAUAUAAUUCUUUUGAUAAUCUGAUUUUCGACCCUGCUAUGCGUUUUCUGGGUAUAAUUUCAAUCGUUAGAUGGCCAAGAAAUGAAGGAUUAUUUGGCAUGAUAUCUCAAACUGAUAGAAACACUAAGAAUACUCUGACACACUCCGUAUUGUUUAACAUGGUUGACGCCGUGAGGAAUUCAAGCGACCCUGACUUGGUCCCUACUCAAUCGCAAACCAAGUGUCAGAAUGGUUUCAAUGAAGGUGCUUUGGACUUUGAAGCAUAUUUCAUAUUGGACCGCACAAUUGAAGCAUAUACGCAUGCUUCUAGAAUCGUUUCUGUUAGGCCUAAAGUUUCUGUUCUAGGGAUUUUCUGAGAAUUAAGGAGACCUCAAUGUUGCAUGAUGUGAAAUGGAUCAACGUUCCAAAAGUGGGUUACAUGAAGAUCAGGUUUUAGUGUUCAGGUUAAAAUUUGAAACUGAAGGUGUUUCCCCUCAAAAUCGUGGAUCAAGGUUGAGGCUUGUAUCGUUCAUCUCCAAUUUAGUUGGACUCCCUUUUUGGACCUUCAAGGCAUCAAGAUACUUGAUACACUGUUGAUUACUUCCCAAAGCACGACGCUAUGGAGUUGCUGAAAAUCCUAGUUUUGUAGUGGGAUUUAUGUAGAUCUUUUUGAUCUGCUCUCUUCUGGGAGUUGUGUCGAUUGGAGCUGUGCAGAUUUGCUUCAAUUAUCUUCUUGCUGAUGUCAUUACUCUGCAGCUGUGUAGAAGAAAGCAAGGAUAUUUACCUGGGUGCCUUGGUUGCUUAGUAUACCUUUUUGGGUUGUAGGAUUACCCCUAAACAAUACUCUCAAUGCAGGUAUUUUAGCUUGCUUUAAGAAGCUUAGUCACUAUAAGAUCCAUUAUGGAAGCAACCAUGAACCAACACGAGUCGACGAAGUGCCACUCGGGUGGCAAAGUCUCUGUAGAUAUCUCUGAUCAUGCAGAGAAUCUGCUGGAGAGAGGUUGCAAGGAGUAUGGAUGUCAGCAUUACCGACGAAGAUGUCGAAUUAGAGCACCAUGCUGUAACGAGAUAUUUGAUUGUCGCCAUUGUCAUAAUGAAGCAAUGAACAAUAUUAAGCUUGAAAAGACAAAGAGGCAUGACAUUCCACGACUUCAACUUCAGCAGGUGAUUUGUUCUCUCUGUGGUACUGAACAAGAGGUUCGGCAAGUGUGCAUCAACUGUGGUGUUUGCAUGGGAAAAUAUUUUUGUGAGUUCUGCAAGCUAUAUGAUGAUGAUAUAUCUAAGAAGCAGUACCACUGUGAGGGAUGUGGAAUCUGCAGAAUUGGAGGACGUGAAAAUUUCUUCCACUGUUACAAAUGCGGUUGUUGCUACUCCAUGGUCCUGAAAAAUAGCCAUCCUUGUGUAGAAGGGGCAAUGCAUCAUGACUGUCCCGUAUGCUUUGAGUUUCUGUUCGAGUCCAGAAAUGACGUCACAGUAUUGCCAUGUGGACACACGAUCCACAAAAACUGCUUGAAGGAAAUGCAGGAGCACUACCAGUAUGCUUGCCCCCUAUGCUCAAAAUCAGUUUGUGACAUGUCUAAGGUAUGGGAGAUAUUUGACAUGGAAAUUGCUGCAACACCAAUGCCAGAGCCUUACCAGAGCAAGAUGGUCUCUAUCCUUUGCAACGACUGCGGGUCAAAAUCUUGCGUCCAGUACCAUGUGUUGGCUCAAAAAUGCCCCAACUGCAGAUCUUACAACACUCGCCAAUUAGGUUGAAAUGUAGCUUUAUUUCAGGAGCUAAGAUACGUGCUUUUGCGCUUUAACCAUACCCACACGUAGCUAGUUGCAUCAGAAAUGAAGCUCCUCAACUUCCAUGUCUAGGCUAUUCUUGGGUCGCUGCAACUUUCAUCUUCCAUUAUUAUUACAGGUCUUUUCUUCAAUUUCUUUUAGCAGAAUCCUAUGUUUAGUUUAAGUUUAGUUUGAUAGUCAUUCCCUUCAAGUUUACCAAGAUGUAUCUUCUUUUGUGUUUUGAAGUAGAGCUCCAGGUUACCUGUAGAGCUCAUUAAACUUUGAUUUGUCGUUGAUUACCUCUCAUUCGAUAAUUUUAAUUAUUCAACCUAGAGAAA